AUGUUACGACGUCGUCGAUUGAUUUAUUUCUUAUGUCUAAUCUUUAUAAAUUUUCUUGUCUUUUCUCAUGUUGAUUUGUCAUUGUUAAAAAAGAAUGAACAGAAAUCAAAAUCUAUUGAUUAUUGUCUUAAGAAAAAUGUAACGCCAAGUGAAAAAUUUUAUUCAAAUAUAGUUUAUAUUCCAAAAUUAAAAAUUAUUUAUUGUGAUAUUCCAAAAGCUGCAUCAACAAAUCUUCGACGUCUUAUUUAUGGAUAUUUAACUUUAAAUCUAUCAAAUUCAUUUUUAAAUCUUAAUAGAAAAAAUAUUUGGUUUGAUAAUAAGAAUUAUUUUAAUAAAUAUUAUUUAAAUAAAAAUUUUCAAUUUUUAUUUAAAAAUAAAACGAAAAAUUUAUUUAAAUUUCUUCUUGUUCGUCAUCCAUUUCGACGUAUUUAUUCAGUUUAUUAUGAUAAAUUUGUUAAUAAUCAUAUUGAUGAUACAUUAUUUGGUUGGAAACAAUUUGAAGAAGAUAUUUUAUUACAAAUGAAAACAAAUGAAACAUUAUUAACAAUAAGAAGNAUCGUAUACAGUGAAAUACGAAAUGUUUAUGGAUUUCGUAUACUUCGUCGUGGAUAUUACUUCUCCAUUGAUUUGAAUCCUAAUAUCUAG